AUGGAUCUCCGACCCGCCCGUCCAGCGAGCCGUGAUGGCUUCGAGAUUGCUAUCAUCUGUGCCCUCCCCCUCGAAGCCGAUGCCGUCGAAGCCCUUUUCGACCAUUUUUGGGAUGACGACGGCAUUCCAUUCGACAAAGCUGCUGUUGAUCCGAACACCUAUUCUACUGGCACUAUUGGCCGCCACAACGUUGUGCUUGCAUGCUUACCAGGCAUGGGAAAAGUGAAUGCUGCGAUGGUAGCUAAUAACUGCCGCGUAAGCUUCCCUAACAUUAAGCUAGGCCUAGUGGUAGGCAUCGCUGGAGUUGUGCCAUUUGGCCCAGACGGCCAGGAGAUUAUUCUCGGCGAUGUGAUCAUUAGCGAUGCGAUUAUCCAAUAUGACUUUGGUCGACAGUUACCAGAGCGGUUUGCGCGCAAAGAUACGCUUUUAGAUUCAUUUGGGCGGCCGAAUACAGAGAUACGAACGUUUCUAGCCAGUCUGAAAAGACUUCGACGCCUCAAAUCUUUAGGCAGUGAUAUAGCCGAGCAUCUUGCUACACUUCGAAAAGAAUCUCAACUUGCCGCUACCUAUCCCGGCGUUGAGCAUGAUAAACUUUUUGAACCAAGAUAUCGCCAUCUUGGGGAUAAAGACACAUGUGACAAGGCGGGCUGUAAUGGCAAGCUGGUUCCGCGCCACCGUCUACAGGCAAGCCCUGACUCAUCGCCGACCCCGGCUAUCCAUUUUGGGUUGAUCGCAUGUGGUGACACGGUUAUGAAGUCGGGGGAGGAUCGAGAUGUAGUGGCGGUUGCUGAAAGUGUGAUCGCAUUUGAGAUGGAGGGAACAGGCGUGUGGGAUGUGCUGCCGUGUGUUGUAAUCAAAGGCGGCUGUGACUAUGCGGAUAACCACAAGAAUAAGAAGUGGCAGCGAUAUGCAGCAGCAACGGCGGCGGCAUGUAUGAAGGCAUUUUUGAAGACGUGGGUGCCAUCGGUAACAAAGCAGCCAUCAACCGAAACUAGCUGCCCGAUUGCAAAGCCCCGUACCUUCUUCGUGCCGUUCGCGAAUAAUGAAGACUUUGUUGGCCGUGACGAUAGCAUCCGACUCCUCAUGGACCUGACAUUGGCCGAGACAAAUACAAAACAACGCAUGGCAUUGUUUGGGAUGGGUGGUGUGGGAAAAACGCAAAUCUUGCUCAAGAUUACCUACCUGAUGAAGGAUCAAGAUCCGGAGCGAAAUAUCUUCUGGCUACCUGCGCACAGCAUGGUAGGCUUUGAGCAGGCAUGCGCAGGGUGUGUUGAGAAAUUAAAGCUUGCCAGACCCGAAAACGACGACCCUAAAGAAGUCCUUCGUCGAUACUUGAGCAGCGACGAUGCUGGCCAAUGGCUUCUCAUUUUGGACAAUGCAGACGAUGAAGAUAUUCUGCAGGGAUAUGACGAUACGACAGGCAUAUACGCAUACUUACCGCGCAGCCUGCAAGGCCAAAUUUUAAUUACAACGCGGUCGCGGAAAAUUGCGGUUGACUUCGCAAAGAAAAACAUCAUUCAAAUCACAGAGAUGGAAAACAAUGACGCAAAGAACUUGAUGCUUUCGUAA